ACGGCCUGACUCCCACUGGGUCUCGCGAGAGCGCAGGCGCACGUCUCGCGAUAAGCGGGCACGGGCGGAGCGGAGGGAGAUCCGAGCAGCGGCGGCAAGCGGGCUGCGGCCGGCUGAGCAGAACUUCGGGCUCGCUGGCCGGCAGCCCCUCAGACUGAGAGUUACACCAUUGCUUCCCUGGUUCUGAGGCCUUCGCACCUAGUCUGAACCACGCUGCUGGCAUCCCAGGGUCUCUAGCUUGCAGAAAGUCUGUCUUGGGACUUCUCAGCCUCCAGAAUUGGAAGGAAAGUGACCAUGGAAGACUUGGGGGAAAACACCACUGUCUUGUCCACCCUGAGGUCUUUGAACAACUUCAUUUCUCAGCGAGUGGAGGGAGGAUCAGGACUGGAUAUUUCCACCUCUGCUCCAGGUUCUCUGCAGAUGCAGUACCAACAGAGCAUGCAGUUGGAGGAAAGAGCAGAGCAGAUUCGUUCGAAGUCCCACCUCAUCCAAGUGGAGCGGGAGAAGAUGCAGAUGGAGCUGAGUCACAAGAGGGCUCGAGUGGAGCUGGAGAGAGCAGCCAGCACCAGUGCCAGGAACUAUGAGCGCGAGGUUGACCGCAACCAGGAGCUCCUGACACGCAUCCGGCAGCUUCAGGAGCGGGAGGCCAGGGUGGAGGAGAAGAUGAAGGAGCAGCUGGAACGCAACAGGUUGUGUCAGCAGAGCCUGGAGGCCACCAGCAAGAAGCUGCGGGAGAAGGAGGACAGCCUGGCUGAGGCUGGUGAGACAGUCGGCGUGUUAAAGGGAAGAAUCUCGGAGCUGCAGUGGAACGUGAUGGACCAGGAGAUGCAGGUUAAGCGCCUGGAGUCUGAGAAGCAGGAGCUGCAGGAGCAGCUGGACUUGCAGCACCGAAAGUGGCAGGAAGCCCAUCAGAAAAUUCAGGAACUCCAGGCCAGUCAGGAGGUGAGAGCAGACCAUGAGCAGCAGAUUAAGGAUUUGGAGCAGAAGCUGUCCCUGCAAGAGCAGGAUGCUGCGAUUGUGAAGAACAUGAAGUCUGAGCUGGUGCGGCUCCCCAAGGUGGAGCGGGAGCUCAAGCAGUUGCGGGAGGAGAACGCUCGCCUGCGGGAGAUGAGAGAGACCCAUGGGCUUCUCCAGGAGGAGCUGGAGGGGCUGCAGAGGAGGCUGGGGCGCCAGGAGAAGAUGCAGGAGACGCUGGUCAGCCUGGAGCUGGAGAAGGAGAGGCUGCUGGCGAAACUGCAGAGCUGGGAGCGGCUAGACCAGACGACGGGCCUGACCCUCAGGUCUCCGGAAGACCUUUCCAGAUUUGUUGUCGAGGUACAGCAGAGAGAGCUUGCGCUGAAGGAUAAGAACAACACCAUCACCAGCAGCGCUCGGGGGCUGGAACAGGCCAGGCAGCAGCUCCAGGAGGAGGUCCGCCAGGUCCGUGGUCAGUUUCUGGAGGAGAGGAAGAGGCGUGAGACACAUGAGGCACUGGCUCGAAGACUCCAGAAGCGAGUCCUGCUGCUCACGAAGGAGCGAGACGGCAUGCGGGCCAUCCUAGGCUCCUAUGACAGCGAGCUGACUCCCGCUGAGUACUCGCCCCAGCUGACCCGGCGCGUGCGGGAGGCUGAGGACAUGGUACAGAAGGUGCACGCCCAUAGCACAGAGGUGGAGGCUCAGCUGUCACAGGCCCUGGAGGAGCUGGGAGGCCAGAAACAAAGAGCGGACAUGCUGGAGAUGGAGCUGAAGAUGCUCAAGGCCCAGUCGAGCUCCACUGAGCAGAGCUUCCUGUUCUCCAAGGAGGAGGUGGACACACUCAGGUUAAAGGUGGAGGAGUUGGAGGGGGACCGCAGGCGUCUGGAAGAAGAGAAGAGGGCACUGGAGGCGCAGCUGGAGAGGGGUGUCCUGCAGGGUGACUAUGACCGGAGCAGGACCAAAGUGGUGCAUAUGAGCCUGAACCCUGCCAGCGUGGCCAGGCAGCGCCUGCGCGAGGACCGGGACCAGCUGCAGGCGGAGUGUGAGCGGCUGCGAGGGCUGGUGCGUGCCCUGGAGAGGGGAGGACCUGUCCCAGCUGACCUCGAGGCCGCCACAUGUCUGCCGUCAUCCAAGGAGGUGGCAGAGCUGAGGAAGCAGGUGGAAAGUGCUGAACUGAAGAACCAGAGGCUGAAGGAGGUUUUCCAGACCAAGAUCCAGGAGUUCCGCAAAGUCUGCUACACACUCACGGGCUACCAGAUCGACAUCACCACGGAGAACCAGUACCGGCUGACCUCCCAGUACGCCGAGCACAAGGCCGACUGCCUCAUCUUCAAGGAGUCUGGAGCAGGAUCCCACGUGGAGAGCACAGCCACGGCUGAGGCUGCAAUACCGACUGCGAGUCCACCUCGGAAGCUGCCUCGGGCCUCGGGGGCGAGGCCACAUGGAAGCCGGGGGCACAGGCCACGGGACCCUCUGGCUCCAAGAUGCAGCUGCUGGAGACGGAGUUCUCGCGCACUGUGGGCCCACUCAUCGAGCUGCACCUGCUGCGCCAGGACAGCAUCCCGGCCUUCCUCAGCUCCCUCACCCUCGAGCUCUUCAGCCGCCAGACCGCCGUGGCCUAGGCGGCAGGCCAAAGCCCUCCUGCCCCGGCCUGUCUCUGUCCGCCACCCGGGUGCUUGUCCUCCCCCAGCAGCAUCAUGAUGUGGUGGCCGUCACAGCCCCACGCCCAUCCGUGUGGACACUGUCUCAGCCCUGAGGCCGCUGAGCUCAGCCUGCAACCGCUCCCCACCGACGUGGCCCUCCCCGCCACCCACCCACGCACUCUAACCCCGUGCAUCUGGAGCCUUAGGGUGGGCCUGCAGCCGCCAGGCGGUUUCCCACUGUAUGAAAUAAAGUUUCUUCCCCAGCCA